AUGUCCACUGUCCAGCAAAUUAAGCAGAUAACAAAAACUAGAACAGUUAUAAGCACGGAGCAAUCACAGAAGUUGAUUCAAACAAUGCUAACUAUGUCGUUUGGAUGUUUGGCAUUUUUAAGAGGGUUAUUUCCUGAUGAGUCUUUUGUUGACCAGAAGUUUGUACCUGAGAAGUGCAAUAAGACUUACGAUAAGGCUAAUGCGCCGAGUAUUAAAAUUAAGACUUUGGUACGCGGGAAGUCUGAAGAGGCAGAUCUGUUUUUGGACUGGUUAGAGAAGGGUGUGUUUAUUGCUGUUAAGAUGAGGUACCUGAAGGCGAUCUGUCUAGGGAUUUUUACGGACAGAAAGAACCCUAAUGACUUGUUGGAGAGCUAUGUUUUCUCGAUUGAUUAUCCCACUGCUACGAGUGUCACGUUGCGGAUAAAUGAUCAGGAAGAGUCUAUAUCUCUUCUGGACUCUAGGAAAAUGAUGCAACAGCUUAUGAGGAGGUUUAUAAUUAUUACGCAGUCGCUAGAUCCAUUGCCUAGGGAAAGAUAUCUAACAAUGAGGUUGUUGUUUAACGAUACUACUCCAGCAGAGUACCAACCCCGGUUUUUUAAGGAAGCGUCUUUGGAUCCAAAGCCAACCAUUAAGAUUCCAGAUAGUACUGAUAUGGAUACUGUCUCCGUGGGCGUUUUGAAUACACACCACCAUAAACUGGGAAUCAAAGUAUUAUCGCUGGUCGAUAUGGAUAUUCAAGAACGUGAAAAUCCAAACACGAAAACUGUAGAUCCCUUUGAGUUACUUAACCAACCAAUUGAAUUGAAAGUAGACAGUCUUGGUUCUGUGCGGUUCAAUAGCCAAACUACUAAUAUGUUACAGAACUACUUGAAUUCUUCACCGGGAAAUAUUUGUCCGACUCAAGCCUUGUAUACCGACAAUAAAGAUAAUAAGCUCGCGUGUGAAUGUGGUAUGCCAUGUUCCGUAGCUAGUUUCACAAAGCGAUGCAGCUCUUGCAAGAGAGAGGUCCACGGUUUAUGCUAUGGGAAUAACAAAACCCCCAACAUUGAACAUUGUAUUUCGUGCCUGAUGGAAGAAAAACCAAACUUUGAUCUAGAAUCAAGAGAGUUCAAGACGCUAAUGGUAUUAAGACGGCUUUAUCGUUACUUGAAGACAACGCCAAAUUUGGGUAUGUCUGAUCAUUCUUUGCAACAAAAUUUGUUCGAUGGAGACACGAGUCAGGCAACCACCACACUGUUAAACCAGGCACUCUCCAUUCUCAUACAGGAUGAUAUAAUCCUGGUGGAUGAGGACCGAAAAACAAACUCAAAAGGAGAAUUCAUAAAAGAAUCUGCCUUCAUCGAUAUUCAAAAUGAAGGCAUUGUUUUGUCUUCCGGGCCCCUAAAUCCUGGCAGAUAUGUAUUCACCAUCGUUAUGAGUUCCAAGAAUGCUCAAAAAUGCUACACUGAACCCGUUCCAACUUCCGCAGAACAAGUGUACGCAUGGACUUCAGCUAUCAGACGUUCUUUAAAUCACUUGAAUAGAAACAAGCGCCAUUCCGGAACACUGCAUUCAUCGAUUAACUUUAGUUCUCUAGCCAUCGAUGACACUCUAGAUCCUAUUCCAACGAUGAAACGUAAAAACAUUCAUAUCUCUGAUAACUCUCAUAAUGACACUAUCAAUGAAAUACCACACAAGGUGAGAAAGAUCAGUGUGUCUAAAAAAACAUUAAAAAGCGCUUGGUGA